AUGGAUCACGCUAAGUCCAAGCAAGUAUCCUCACCCACGACCCUCCGUUUCCCCCCCAGGAAUUCAUUUCGUUCUUUACUCACCACCAAUUUCCCAAUUCCUGGUACAGCACUGAGCUUCACCUGGCCACAAUGCCUCCCGGCCGAUCUCGACACGGUGGUGACCCCCUUCCGUGCCGCGUGGAUGCAGCUGGUCAUGGCAUGCCCGCUCGUGCGGCACACGUUCAUCUUCGCCCCCACCAAGCAGAUGCUGUGCCUACGCGGCUCGCCCGAUAACGACAAUGAAGCCGACAUGUCGCGCCCCGCCGUGCCCGCACUGCCCGUGCACCGGUGCAAGGCGCUGAACCACGCGAGCGCCGCCAUCGAGGCCGUCGUCGCCUAG